AUGGCCUUCACGUUUGCCGCCUUCUGCUACAUGCUGGCGCUGCUGCUCACCGCCGCCCUCAUCUUCUUCGCCAUCUGGCAUAUUAUAGCAUUUGAUGAACUGAAGACUGAUUACAAGAAUCCCAUAGACCAAUGUAAUACACUUAAUCCUCUUGUACUUCCAGAGUACCUCAUCCACGCAUUCUUCUGUGUUAUGUUUCUCUGUGCAGCAGAGUGGCUUACACUGGGUCUCAAUAUGCCUUUGUUGGCUUAUCAUAUUUGGAGGUACAUGAGUAGACCUGUGAUGAGUGGCCCUGGUCUGUAUGAUCCUACAACCAUCAUGAAUGCAGAUAUUUUAGCCUAUUGCCAGAAAGAAGGAUGGUGCAAAUUAGCAUUCUACCUUCUAUCAUUUUUUUACUACCUAUAUGGCAUGAUUUAUGUUCUGGUGAGCUCUUAAGAAGACACUCAGCAAGCUUUGCUCCAGUUAAGUGCAUGCAAAAGCCACAAAACAUGGAUUCUUUACAAGGAGAACCUCCUGCCGAGAUUAAACACGGAACC